GAAAUUAUGUUUAUACAAAUACAUUUGUUUGGUGGAAUAUAGGCUCUUUAAUAAAAAGAAAAAUUGCUUGUUCAGCUUAUUAGUAAAACAAUUUUGACAGGUUGAAAGAGAAUUGUUGAAAACGUUUAAUAAGUGUUGAUUCUACUAUUAUUCAUUAUAAUUAAAAAUGCUGAACAUUGACUUGAAUUUGGAUUUAAAGAGCAUCUUAUCAGCUCCUUGUACGGCGAUUUUUUAUUCAGCUGUUGUUACCAUUAUUCAACACAUCAAACUGCAUAAUUAUUCGAUCACACCAUUGAUUGAGAACUGAACAAAAGUUUAUUGCUGCAGUGAAGAAGUUUAUUAAACAUGUUAUGCACUGGGUGCACUGGACGGAACUUAUUUGACGUCCGUGCAACACAUAAACCAGUGCUUUUUGUUCGUGCUUGUGUCAGCCAUUACAUCAUCCGCAACUUUCUGUAUACUAAAGUGUCGAGAAAAUGGAACCACGUAAAGAUUACUUUGUUGUUGUCCAAACUAAGGAGGCAGGAAAACUUGUUUUAACUGCGGUCCCGUGUCGUUGGAUUCGUGAUGGGUUUCUGUUUUGGCCCGGUAAAAAUGCAAACAGAUUGCGUAUGGACCUGAACUCAGAACCAGGCAGUGGUUGGAGCAAAAUCGCUUGCAGUGUAAAACGGAAGUAUAUUCCAUCCUACGAGGAGGCCGAAAUAGAAGCUGCUGAGCUUUCAGGACAAAACACGGAAAGCUCAGAUUCGGCGCCACGUAGAAAGAAGCAAAAAAAAGUGAAGAAAGAUGGUUUCAUCAAACGGUUUGAUUAUAAUCACCUGGUUCCCGGAGAAAACCCCACUUCAAACAUGCAAACGAACCAAAAUAAAAGCACCGGGCCGGAACCUACAAGUGCACCAAUGAAUUCACAGAUUGUUGUCGAUUCUCAAGAUCUCUCGGAUGUAGCUCCUUCUUUGCUCUGUUCUGCCAGCGUGAACCAGGUGGAUGAGACAUUCUCCACACAUCAGACCGUCGAUCACUCGGUUUACCUGACAACAUUGUCCUUCUCCGUAAAUGAACAGCAGACGACAGAUGAAAUGCAGGCAGUUGCCACGGAGGGCGAAUCGGAAUACGUAUAUUUUCAGCAGCCAACUGUUGAUAUGGAUUCCGUGAUCAAAGCAGUUUCCGGAAAAAUUGAACAAGAGUGUUCAAAAAUGCAAGACGCAAUCCUCUCUACCAUGAGCACGAUGAUGGCCUCAUUCAAAAGUGACAUGGACGUGAAACUGGCAACAGCUUUACGUGCCCAAGCAAAACCGUCCGAUGAUGAUGAGAAAUUCACGUUUUCCCCAGUGUCUUCCAUCGAGCAAAUUCAUGAGCUGGAGAAAAAUCUCGCAGACGAAGCAUACGCUGAGCGUUUCAUUUCUUACAUGAAAAAGCUCGUUGGAUAUGUUGGAGAUAAUGGAUCAUUAAAAUAACCAAAACGGCCGCUAUGGACAGCAUAGAUAGCGCCACCGUAGCCUUGUGUGUUUGA